AUGGCCCAAGUCAACGCGCAGGGGAACAAGGCGAGCGAACUGAGCGCCCUCUUCAAAGACCUGAACGUCUAUGGAUCCGGUUCUGCUCUGCAACUCCAAGAGACAGUUGACUCGGUUCUCCUAGCGCCACUCCGGGUUGGCGAGCUCUUUUCUGGGAAGAAAGAGCAUAGGCACAUUCUUCGCGGCUUCAACGGCCUCGUCAAAAGCGGCGAGCUGUUGGCAGUGCUGGGCCGACCGGGCUCGGGUUGCAGUACCUUUCUCAAGGCUAUUUGCGGCGAACUAAACGGCUUAACCUUAAGCAAAGAGUCAACAAUCCACUACAAUGGAGCGUCACAAACCCAGAUGCAGAAGGAGUUUAAGGGGGAAGUGAUCUACAACCAAGAGGUCGACAAGCACUUCCCCCAUCUCACCGUCGGGCAAACCCUCGAGUUCGCUGCCGGCAUGCGCACUCCCUCGCAGCGCGUCGAAGACAUGCCUCGCUCCGAGUACUACCAAUACAUCGCUCGCGUAGUGAUGGCCAUCUUCGGGCUCUCCCACACCUACCACACCAAAGUCGGCGACGACUACGUCCGCGGCGUGUCGGGCGGCGAGCGCAAGCGGGUCAGCAUCGCCGAGAUGAUGGUAGCCGGGUCGCCGAUCUGCGCGUGGGACAACAGCACGCGCGGGCUCGACUCGUCCAGCGCGCUCAAGUUCGUGCAGGCCCUGCGCCUGUCGUCCGACCUCGGCCGGCACGCCCACGCCGUCGCCAUGUACCAGGCCAGCCAGGCCAUCUACGACGUCUUCGACAAGGCCACUGUCCUCUACGCCGGCCGCCAGAUCUACUUCGGCCCGGCGCACGCCGCAAAGGCCUUCUUCGAACAGCAGGGCUGGCACUGCCCCCCGCGCCAAACCACCGGCGACUUCCUCACCUCCGUCACCAACCCGGACGAGCGGACCCCGCGGCCGGGGAUGGAGCACAAAGUCCCGCGCACCCCGGAAGAAUUCGAGCGGUACUGGCUCGCCUCGCCGGAGUUCGCCGCGCUGCAGGCCGACAUGGUGCAGCACGACGCGGCGUUCUCGGGCGAGGGCCGGGCGGCGAGCAUCGCGGCGCUGCGCGCGAAGAAGCAGCACUGCCAGGGCAAGCACGCGCGGCCCGGGUCGCCGUACCGGCUGAGUGUGGCCAUGCAGGUGCGCCUUAAUACGAAGAGGGCGUAUCGCCGGGUGUGGAAUAACUUGCCGGCGACGGCGACGAAUAUCGGGUCGAAUUUGAUUCUGGCGCUGAUUAUUGGGUCGAUCUUUUUUGGGAAUCCGGAUGCGACUGUUGGGUUUGAGGGGAAGGGGUCGGUGCUGUUUAUGGCGAUUCUGCUGAAUGCGCUGACGGCGAUUGCGGAGAUUGAUAGCUUGUACGCGCAGAGGCCGAUCGUGGAGAAGCAUGCGUCGUAUGCGUUUUAUCAUCCUGCUACGGAGGCGGCGGCGGGGAUUGUCGCGGAUAUACCGGUAAAGUUUGCGUCGGCGGUGGUGUUCAACUUGAUCGUGUACUUUCUGGCUGGGCUGAGACGGACGCCGGAUCAGUUCUUCUUGUUCUUUCUGGUUUCGUUUGUGGCGACGUUUGUGAUGAGCGCCGUGUUCAGGACGCUGGCGGCUAUUACCAAGACGGUGUCGCAGGCGAUGGCGCUGGCAGGUGUGUUGGUGUUGGCAUUGGUCAUGUACACCGGCUACAUCAUCCCCGUACCGCAGAUGCACCCCUGGUUCAGCUGGAUCAGAUGGCUAAACCCGAUUUACUACGCCUUCGAGAUCCUCAUUGCCAACGAGUUUCACGGCCGCGAGUUCACCUGCUCCGCCAUCAUCCCUCCUUACUCCCCCCUCAUCGGCGACUCCUGGAUCUGCGCCAGCGUGGGUGCCGUGGCCGGCCGGCGCACCGUCAGCGGUGAUUCUUACAUCGCCGCCAUGUAUGGCUACGAAUACUCGCAUGUCUGGCGCAACUUUGGCAUCCUCAUCGCGUUUCUUGUCGGUUUCAUGGCCAUCUACCUGGCGGCGGUGGAGUUGAACUCGUCUGUCACCAGCACCGCCGAGGCCUUGGUAUUCCCGAGAUGGGACAUCCCCGCGCAUCUGGACCCUAAGCGCAAGGGCAACGACGAGGAAACAAGCGCACCAACUUCCGGGACGGACGUAGAACAUGCCCCCCAGGACCCCAAUGGUGGCAGCAUUGAGCCGCAAAGGGACGUCUUUACCUGGAAGGAUGUUUCCUAUGACAUUAACAUCAAAGAAGGCAAGCGCCGGUUGCUUGACAACGUGUCCGGGUGGGUUAAGCCCGGCACCCUGACGGCGUUGAUGGGCGCUUCAGGGGCCGGCAAGACGACAUUGUUGGAUGUGCUCGCGCAGCGGAAAUCCGUCGGUGUUGUGACAGGCGAUAUGCUAGUAAGCGGUCGGCCUUUUGGAGCGGAUUUCCAGCGCCAGACUGGUUAUGUGCAGCAACAGGAUCUUCACCUCGACACCGCCACGGUCAGGGAGAGUCUCCGAUUUAGCGCCAUGCUCCGCCGGCCCAAGUCAGUCAGCAAGAAGGAAAAGUUCGAGUUCGUUGAGGAGGUCAUCAAGAUGCUCGGCAUGGAGGAAUAUGCCAAUGCCAUCGUUGGUAUCCCGGGCGAAGGCCUCAACGUCGAGCAGCGCAAGCUCCUGACCAUCGGCGUGGAACUCGUCGCCAAACCCAAACUUCUGCUGUUUCUUGACGAACCUACCAGCGGUCUUGAUUCACAGAGUGCCUGGGCCAUCUGCGUUUUCCUCCGCAAGCUGGCAGAUGCAGGACAAGCCGUGUUGUGCACGAUCCACCAACCGAAUGCCCUUCUCUUCCAGCAGUUUGAUCGCUUACUCUUUCUCGCCAAGGGGGGCAAGACGGUAUACUUCGGGGAUAUUGGCAAGAACUCGGAAUCUCUGCUCGGUUAUUUCGAGAAGAACGGGUCACGCCCUUGUGGCGAGGAUGAGAAUCCCGCCGAGUUUAUGCUGGAGAUAGUUGCCGAGGGUGUCAACCGCGACGGCGAAGAUUGGCACUCGGUAUGGAAGGGGAGCCAGGAAUACAGCGGGGUCCGGACCGAGCUUGAGAGGAUACACGAGCAAGGCAAGGAAAAGCAAGCAAUCGACAGUGGCGACAGCAAGGGCGCCGCUUCCGAGUUUGCCAUGCCUUUCUCCUCCCAAGUGCGGGCUGUCACCCAGCGCAUCUUCCAACAGUACUGGCGGAUGCCUGGUUAUGUCCUUUCCAAGCUUCUGUUGGGUAUCAUGUCGGGCCUGUUUAUCGGCUUCACCUUCUGGAAGGCCGAAGAGACACAGGCUGGCAUGCGGAAUGUUGUGUUCUCCGUCUUUAUGGUGACUACCAUCUUCACCACGCUAGUUCAGCAGAUCCAACCGCUCUUCAUCACGCAACGCUCCCUUUACGAAGUUCGCGAGCGCCCAAGCAAGGCUUACUCCUGGAAAGCCUUCCUCAUUGCCAACAUCGUCGUCGAAAUUCCCUACCAGAUCCUCACCGGCAUCCUCGCCUUCGCCUCCUUUUAUUACCCAGUCGUCGGGAUACAAGCCUCGGCCCGCCAGGGCCUGGUCCUACUCUUCAUCAUCCAGCUCUUCAUCUACGCCAGCGCCUUCGCCCACAUGACUAUCGCCGCGCUCCCCGACGCCCAAGCCGCGGCAGGGAUCGUCAUCCUGCUCACCAUGAUGUCAACCAUCUUCAGCGGCGUGCUCCAGACCAAGGUCGCGCUGCCCGGGUUCUGGACAUUCAUGUACUACGUGUCGCCGUUCACGUACUGGAUCUCGGGCAUCGUAUCGACGGUGCUGCACGACCGGCCCGUGGUGUGCUCUGCCGCUGAGAAUCUGGUCUUCAACCCGCCGCCGAAUACCACGUGCGGCGAGUACCUGAUGCCGCUGGCGGACGUGGCGCAUGGGACGCUCCAGAACCCGUAUGAUACUGAGGCGUGUCGGUACUGUGCCUUUUCUGUGGCGGAUCAGUACUUGGGAAGCGUGGAUAUCUUCUGGGAUGAUCGGUGGAGGAACUUUGGGAUCAUGUGGGGGUACAUUAUUUUUGAUAUCGCGGUUGUGAUUGGGGUGUAUUAUUUGUUCCGGGUUAAAGGCAUGGGGAUUCGGGGGUUGUCCAAGAAGACCAAGAAGAGCUAA